AGCAAAAGUAGAACCUGUGAUGAAUCUAUCGUUGCCAUUUGGUUUGGCGUGUCGCGACUCUUCUCCAACCCGCUGAAGAUAGCAAUAAACCCUCUCACUGUGAUGAAGGAUCUCUGGCGGGCAUGCGCAGUCUGUCCUCUCACCGGAAAUAAACACGGGGAAAGGUCCUGUCAAAGAAGGAUUUAAAAAGCCCACCUCGCGUAUUAGCUGGUCAAGAAGUCAUAUCGGGAAGCUGCUGUAGAAGAAUAACGUACAGCAUCCUGACGUUUAAUGGUCGAAGAUCAGCGCCUGGAUAGAGCUGUGAUUAGCGACCAUCCACUGCAUGGGAUAUGGAGUGUGUUACAGGGGUUCUUGAUGAUUUUGAGGGUAAAAAAGAGCCACUCGCAGAAGUAGAUUCAGAGCACAAUGUUUACACUCGCUUUAUGAAAUCUCAUCGCUGUUACGACCUGGUGCCCACCAGCUCCAAGCUGGUAGUGUUUGACACGUCAUUGCAGGUGAAGAAAGCAUUUUUUGCCCUGGUGUCCAAUGGGGUGCGAGCUGCCCCUCUCUGGGACAGCAAGAAGCAGUGCUUUGUGGGCAUGCUGACCAUCACGGAUUUCAUCAACAUCCUGCACCGAUACUACAAGUCGCCUUUGGUUCAGAUAUACGAGCUGGAGGAGCACAAGAUUGAGACUUGGAGAGAAGUGUACCUGCAAGACUCCUUCAAGCCCCUCGUCAGCAUCUCUCCCAACGCAAGCCUGUACGACGCUGUGUCCUCCCUGCUGAAGAAUAAGAUCCACAGGCUGCCGGUGAUCGACCCUCUGACAGGAAACACCCUGUACAUACUGACCCACAAGCGCAUCCUCAAGUUCCUCAAGCUCUUUAUCUCAGAGAUGCCAAAGCCGGCGUUCCUGAGCCAGACGCUGGAGGAGCUCAACAUCGGCACCUUCCACAAGAUCGCUGUGGUGCGCGCCGACACGCCCCUAUACACAGCACUGGGCAUUUUCGUGGACCAGAGGGUGUCUGCGCUGCCAGUGGUGGAUGACAAUGGUCGAGUGGUGGACAUUUACUCCAAGUUCGAUGUCAUUAACCUGGCUGCAGAGAAGACCUACAACAACCUGGACAUCACGGUGACCAAGGCCCUGCAGCAUCGCUCGCAGUACUUCGAGGGUGUGCUCACGUGUCACCGGCACGAGACCCUGGAGGCCAUCAUCAACAGGCUUGUGGAAGCUGAGGUGCACAGGCUGGUGGUGGUGGAUGAGCAGGAGGUGGUGAAGGGAAUCGUGUCCCUAUCAGACAUCCUUCAGGCUCUGGUUCUCACUAACGGGGAACAAGGAACGGCUUGAUGGAGGGACAAAGGGAAGAUAGGACCUUCUUCCGCUCUCUCCAUAGCCACAGGAAGGAUGGAGUCAGGAGAGAAAGAGGGAGGCGGACAGAGAGGAGAGGGGGGACCCGUCAAUGUUACCCAUUUUCUAAAUUAGCACACCCCCCCGGCCAUGUGUGCGCUUGCCUCUUUCAAAAUCUCUCUCCCUC